AUAGGAGGACCCAAUUUAAGUUACAGCUAAGAGAUCUCCAAAACUGGAGAGAAUAAAUGCAAAAGAAAUAUAUACGAGAAGACUAAAUCAAGCAAGAAUAUUAGCAUAUUCUUUCAUCCUCCCGUAGUAAGAUAGUUGGUACAGCAGACGGUCAAAAUGGAUUUAAAGUCUAUAAACAGCGAUGUUGGAAGUCUCUUAGUGAAUAUAUCAGCAUAUUGUAGAGAUGCGGGAACAUGAAGAACCUUCACUUGUUCCAUUGCCAUUUUUUUCCCUGAAUAUGCUUCGUACGUUGAUAAAUACACUGAGCUUAUGUCCUCACAAAACACCAACGUUGAUGUACUUAGAGGACAGUGUAGCUCAAGCAAUGGGUUACACAAGAAGCAAAUCUCAACAACUGCAUUUGCUAUUCCCUUGUACUCCGCUGGACCUCGAUGCUGUUUGUUGACGCUUUGACGACCAUGAGAUCAGAUUGUCACCGAGGUAAACAUCAUAGCCGGAUGUAGACCGUCGUGUAUCACGGCACCUGGCCAGUCCACAUCGGAGUAUGCCGUGAGUGUUGUGAAUUUUGAUUUGAAAAUUUGCAGACCAUGUGAGCUUGUUCCUUGAAUGUAUCUGAUGAUGCGGCAAAGUGCACUCAUGCAUGUGACGUUCUCGAAGGUCGUGCAUUAACAAACAGAUUUGUUAUACGGCGGACGAGUGGAAGUGAUGUAUUGAAGUAGAGAUAUAUAUGAUGCAAACUGAGCAUUUUAAGUGCGGGGCGCAUGUUUCAAACUGUAGAUGCCCAUGUCUAAUUGGCAUAGUGUAUUUAUGUUAUUCCGUACGAACAAAAAAGUGCAAGAACAUGAAGUUUUUUUUUUUUUUUGAAUUAUACAGAAAUAUCCUGACUCCACAGAAGUGAUCCAGACUAGUCACGUGUUGCCAUGUGCGGUCAUCUGUCAGCGACAGAUGCAGAAAUGUUAAUUUACUAGUGGCCUUUAAGUUUCUAUCUCUCAUAUGCAAGUUCACGGGUUUUGGCUAGUAGUUUUUAAGGAGCAAAUAUAUGUUUUUUGAAAUAAUAUGGUGUUUAUAUAGGAAAGAACUAAACCCCAACUUUUGUGGAAACAACUUUGUUAAAGCCCAAAUUUUGGAUACAAAUAAUGGCCCAUGUUUUAAAAAGCUUGUAAAUAUAAAGAGCUCGAUCUCAGUUCUCCAACGAACUUCUCGCUCGGUAACAGUCACAGACGAACACACACCAUCCCUCCGAUCAUUCUCGGGUCUCUCUCUUGUCUUCUCCCAUAGACUCCCUUCAAAUCAAUCUGUGUACAGAUGGAGAGGACGACGACACAGCAACAGCAGGCUCCACCGGUAGCUGAGGAGCUGAAUCUUGACUACGUAAAGAGACAAACGCAGAGCUUACAGGAGGCCAUAUCUCGAAUCCUUGAAGACUUCGAAGCUUAUUCCCAAACCAACACUACUCCCAAAUGGAAGGACAUUCUAGGGCGAUACAAGAUGAUAAAUCUCGACCUCUUUAUCCUUGUGGAAGAAGUCAAACAAGUUUCCAAGGCCCUUGUUGUGUUUCCGAAGAACGUGAACGCUGAGAAUGCUUCAAUUUUACCGGUUAUGUUGGCUUCAAAGUUACUCCCCGAGAUGGAAACUGAUAACAAUGUCAAGAUUGAUCAGUUGCUUCAAGAUGUUCAGAGUUUGCCUAUACCUAUGCAAAUCGAAACCCUAAAGGAGAGGAUUGGCAAGAUUGCAGAAGCUUGUGAAAAUGCAGGGAAAGUGUUAGCUGAUGCUCGUAAAGCUUAUGGAUUGGCCCCCCAACGAGGAGGUCCUUCUAUGCUUCCUACUACUAUGGAUAAAGCUCAAGCUGCAAAGAUUCGGGAGCAGGAGAACAUGCUACGUGCAGCUGUAAACGAGGGUGAAGGACUAAGAUUGCCUCCAGAGCAGAGACAGAUCACCACUGCACUUCCACCGCAUAUGGUAGAUGCGCUAUUCGUCAACGAUGGAGUGUUUAACAGCAGCGGAAUGAUGCAAACACACCAGUCUCAGUCUCAGCAACCAGAACAGCAGCAGCACCAACAACAAGGAGGCUAUGGAAAUAAGUAGACCAAUCAGUAGAAUCUACAGCCUAACCCUCAAUAAAAAUAGUCCCAUUGUAUGACUUGGGCUUUUAAUGGGCCUCAUUUUUUUGCAACUGUAUGGUUUAAACGUUAGCCUAAAGGGUCUCGUCCAUUCUUACUAUGAUGAUAGCCUAAUGGGUCUGGUCCAUUCUUACUAUGAUAAUAUUGUUGAUAUAACACCCGACCACUUGGUUUUGUUCUGUACUUCCCCCUAUUUUGUAACUCUUGUUUCUCACAACGUGCGGCCUGAAACACGAAGCAGAGAUCGGACGGUGUAGGAUCGGUUUAGUACUGACGGACUCUCUGGUGUUCGGCACGUAUUAGUGACGUCGCAAUCUCGACGCCGUUGAUGGGUACACGACAAAACGUAAACGCGUUUUUUGUUGUACACGGGACUCGAUAACAGCGACGUGUCCAUCAAGUUUAUUUACCUGUUUGUUUCCAAACUCUGAACAGAGGGCUCAAAAACAGCGACUCGGAAGUUUAUUGAAUUUUUCUGACAAUUUGUUUUCUUCUUCUCAACUCAAUUUUAUUUAGAAAUAAUGCAUUUUUUGUUCUUUUCUUAUUUUUGGCGUAAUUUAAUUUUGAUGUACUUAGGUUUGGCAUCAUAUAUAUGUAGAACAUUGAAUUUGAAUUGCGCUUUUAGUUUUAUUUGAAUCAAAUAUACUUUAGAAUUGUCUAAUUCUACGUUCAAAGACAAAACGAAAAAUAAAUUAUUGUGUGAAAGUUAACAUUAUACAAAAAAGUAAUAUACGUACCAUGUGAUAAUAUGAUAAAGGCAGCCUAUAAGAGUUGAUUAGUAAGCAUUAUUAAUCCUCAACACAAAUAACUAGAAAACUAGUUCUACUGAUGGAAUAAUGAUGAAGAUGAGAUUGGCCAAACGAAUUAAAUGCUAACACCAAGAAGUCUCCGAUGAUGAGAAAUCUGACAAAUGGAGGAGAAGUGCAGAUUCUCUUGUCUCUCUUCUUCUCUAUAAAAAUACAGCUAUAUUGUCAUGAAGUAAAUGCAACACACAGAUAAAAAGCUUGGAAAUGAAACGGACAGAUAGAUAAAGGAGACAAAGCAGAAGUUAUGAAAAAUGUCUCUUUAGCUUAAAACGUUUUGUAGAUUCGAGCAUGGAUUACAGCCUUGCAGCUUCCUGCACCGUCCUUUCAUUCAUAACACGACACAUUUAUAGUAACAGUACAUGCGCAUAUUAAUGAACUUUUUCUACGUGUUUACGUUUUCAAAAAUAUUAAAUCAUGAUUCUUUUGUUGCCAUAAAAUUAAGGAUAUUUUAAACAUUCUAAAUAAAUUUAUAAUAUUAUCAAAAUUUAUAUUAUAUUUUAAAUAUAAACAUUUGUGGAGUAAAACCGCCAUAUUUCUUAUAUAUCAAUUUUUUGAAUAAUUAGAAGUGUAUAUAUUGACCCCAAAAAAAAAUAAAAAUAGAAGUGUAUAUACAUAUCAAGUCCAGACAAUAUUAAAUUAACUUUUCUUUUUUUUUGGUCAAAAAAUUAACUUUUCUUUAUAGUGAAGACUUUUACCAACAUGAUUUGAUUCUAUGACCUUUUAGACUUUUGCUAAAUGAUCUAAGAAUUUUAGUCAUUAAUUAGAUCGAUUUAUGAUAAAUUUCUAUUAUUUUGUUAGUCAUCAUUCCCAUUUUUGUAAUAAUAUGCAUCCAACUAACUAAUACGAAUCGUUUGGGUGCAUAAACUUGGCUACUUUUUUCCAUAAUAUAUAUCUACAUUUGAAGAAACAGGUUAAAAAUGUGAAUACUAGUAAGUAGUAACGGAUGUUAUUUUUCUUUAGAUGCAUUUUAUAACGUGGACAGAUGAUUAGAGAAAUAAUAAGAAAAAUACUGUAUAGAAAUUCAACUUAGUUUUAUGUUGAUGCAAAUUUUACGUUGAUGUGAACCACUCAUUGUCGUUUGAAAUUAUAUACUAUUAUACUCCAGAGUCCAGAAGCCAUUUCCUAGCUACUGAGCGAGUCUAAUUACAUUCAUGAUAGUAUAUGAAGAAAAGGACAUUCUUGACAUCACACUAUUACAAGUAGGUGAUCACUCUGUUUAUUUUUAAGUGGGAUACUUAGAAGUUUUUGUAGCAUUGUUGCUGUGAAUGUUCACAAUCACAUGGUGUAUUAUAUUAUUAUCCAUUGGAGUGCUAUUUCAGUCUUUUGAUUCACUUUCCUACAUUAUUACUCACCGAACUUUCUAGAGUUUAAGAAUUAACGUUCUCUAACAGGAAAGCGUUUAAGUUUUAGAAAAUGAUAUCACAUGAACAACAUAAAGUUCAGACUUGGUAACAUUAACAUUUAUCAAGCCCAUAAGUAUGCUGAUUAACCAGCCCUUACAUUACAACUUCAAAGCAACAACAAAACACAACCCAAAAGAAAUAAAAAAGACACAUGGCGGGUGGUGAAGUUCCUCCUCUGCCCCUACCCACUUCUGCUUUUCAAACCAAAAGACAGAAGG